AAAGGAUCAGUAUCAGGAUUCCAGCGGAGUUGUCUUGGUGAUUAGAAUUCAGUCUCCAAAGAGAAGCCCCAAGGAGUCGUAUAUUGGAUAUAACAGAGAGUGGGAGCUGUAUGUGACCUGUAGAGAAUGUGGACUGGAUAUAAAAUCUUCAUCUUCUCUUAUCUUAUUACAAAAAUUUGGAUGGAGAAACAGUAUGCAUCUCAGAGAGAAGUGGACCCUGGAGCUGAUUUCACUAGCAAUCACACCAUUUUGGAAGGUACUCGAUUCAAAAGAGCCAUUUUCAAAGGGCAAUACUGUAGAAGUUUUGGGUGCUGUGAAGACAGAGAUGAUGGCUGUGUCACUCACUUCUAUGAGGUGAAUGCCCUGUGUUACUGUGAUAAAUUCUGUGAAAGGGAGAAUUCUGAUUGCUGUCCUGAUUACCAGUCAUUUUGCCGUGAAGAGAAAGAAUGGCCUCCUUACACAGAGCCUUGGUAUCCAGAAGGUUGCCUCAGAGAGGGUCAACAUUAUGAAGAAGGAUCAGCAAUUAAAGAAAACUGUAACUUCUGCACAUGUUCAGGACGGCAAUGGAAGUGUUCUCAGCAUGUAUGCCUUGUUGAACCAGAAUUAAUUGAACAUGUCAAUAAAGGAGAUUAUGGAUGGACAGCCCAGAACUACAGUCAAUUCUGGGGAAUGACUUUAGAAGAAGGUUUCAAAUAUCGCCUUGGUACCUUGCCACCCAGCCCCACGCUCCUGAGUAUGAAUGAAAUGACAGCUCCUUUACCUGCAGUAAGUGAUCUUCCAGAGUUUUUUGUUGCUUCUUAUAAAUGGCCUGGAUGGACUCAUGGCCCAUUGGAUCAAAAGAAUUGUGCUGCAUCAUGGGCAUUUUCCACUGCAAGUGUGGCCGCUGACCGAAUAGCAAUUCAGUCUAAGGGGCGAUACACAGCCAAUCUGUCUCCUCAGAAUUUGAUUUCUUGCUGUGCCAAGAACCGCCAUGGCUGCAACAGUGGAAGCAUCGAUAGGGCUUGGUGGUACCUGAGAAAACGUGGACUGGUAUCCCAUGCAUGCUACCCACUUUUCAAGGACCAAAAUGCUACCGGUAAUGUCUGUGCCAUGGCAAGCAGGUCUGAUGGGCGGGGAAAACGGCAUGCCACAAAGCCAUGUCCCAACAUCAUUGAGAAAUCUAAUAGGAUCUACCAAUGCUCUCCUCCAUACAGAGUCUCUUCCAAUGAAACUGAAAUAAUGAAAGAAAUCAUACACAAUGGACCAGUUCAAGCCAUCAUGCAAGUCCAUGAGGAUUUCUUCCAUUAUAAGUCAGGGAUUUACAGACAUGUCACCAGCACAAAUAAAGAAUCAGAAAAAUAUCGAAAGCUUCGGACACAUGCAGUCAAACUCACUGGAUGGGGCACACUGAGAGGAGCCCAGGGGAAGAAAGAAAAAUUUUGGAUUGCUGCCAAUUCCUGGGGAAAGUCAUGGGGAGAGAAUGGCUAUUUCAGGAUUCUUCGAGGAGUAAAUGAGUCUGACAUUGAAAAGUUGAUUAUCGCAGCUUGGGGCCAUCUAAAUUCAGAUGAGCCAUAACAUAUUAAAUUUCCAUAGGCCAAGCAUUUGACUAACCCCUUAAACUGCAAUUAUGCACUGUGAGGUUCUCGUGACAGUGGAUUCUUUGCCCCUUCACCUUGUUGCUAUAAUCUGCCUGUUUUCUUGUUUUAUCCCAGGCUCUGUGCUUCUGCUUUCUUUACAUUACUGAGUAUACCAAAACACAGAGAGAACAGCAAAGGGGCUACAAGCCUUUGAAGUUCCUUUCUGUCUUUACUCUUCUCUCAUGACAAUGUCUUUUUUCACUCGGAUAGUUCACAAAGGGUAUGAUGCUCUUGUCCUAAAAGUUCACAGCAUUCAUUUGUAAAUGUAUGGCUCUUCCCUUUGACCAAUGAAGACUACAGACAACAAAAACAAUGGAAACACUAAUUUACCAUCUUUACACUUUUUUCAACCAAAUAAUGUCUCCUUAAUUCAGAGCUUGUUUGUUUUCCCCAAAGCAAUGAAAAUAGAUGAUUAAUUGUUUCUCUCAAUAA